GGCUUCCUGACAGCUUUUCUUAGAUCAGCUCUCAGAGAAGUCUAUGCCAGACUCGGGCCUGACUUGGGUUCCCCUUUGCCAGGCAGCUGUGGAUGUGUGUCUAUGCGGGUGAGGGUGUGUUUGGGGAAAAGUGGUUUGAGGUGAGAUGAGAUUAUCCCCAGUGGGAGUUACCUUUGUCUACAGAGAGGACAUGAUUUUCAGAAGAUCCAUUUAAUUGCAUGCGUUGGAAGCACUGCCAGUAAAAUUUUCUGGGAGCUACAAAUCCACAUCAGUUUCUACAGAUGAAGUCUACCAAGAGGCAGGUCUCCUGUGCCAGUAGUUUGCAACUGUCCUUGGAGGCCAUGGAACUUAGAAGAAUUUGGAAGACACCCUGGGGAUGCUAGAUGAGUAGGGCAUGAAUCUAGGAGGGGCAGGAGGAGGACUGCAAAACCGAUGACAUUAGGCAGUUCCGACAAUUAUUGGGGAAAUAAAGGAGGACUGAGUAGUGCAGCAGAGGCUGUGGGGUGUGGAGCCAGAGAAUUCUGUGUCAUGUUUCCAUGGUGUUUAAAAUGCUUCCCAGCUCCCAGGAGAAACUGCACGGGUAUUGGUUAAUGGGCUUUUCUAGCUGUGUGGCCUCGGAUUACUUCUAAACCUCUUUGGCUUCAGUUUCCUCAGUUGUAAAAUGAGGAACGUAACAGUACCAGUCUCAGAAGUGAAAAUGAAAAGUGAUGAUGCUUACAGAGCCUUAGCACAGUUUCUAGCACCUAUUAAGCUCCCAUAAAUCUUAGCUAUUAUAUAAAGACUAUUUAAGUGACUAGUGCAAGGAAGUUUAAUUAAUGAAUAUGAAUUGAUUGCAACAAAGUAAUACAUUUGUUUAAUGUAUUUAAAAAAAUAUUAGUUCUUCCUUUUGGAUUGCGGUUGCUGUCUAGAUGAUUCUGUUUGGUUUCAAUAUCUAUUUAUAUGUAUAGUUACAAAAGGGAGCUGGGCUGGAGCAAUGUGCAGCAGAUGCCUAAGUGCAGGAGACUGGUUACACGGUGCGUGAAAGGCCCCCAUCAUUGGGCAUUUGAGACAGCAGAGGAAAGUCUCUGGAUACUGUAGCACCUGUGGUCACAGAAGAGAAGCCAUUCCUGUUACUGUGCAGGCCCUCUGUCAUGUAGUUGAACUAAUUGAAGAUGCCUUUGUAAUUAAAACCUUUCUGGGUACAAGCACUGAAUUUCUCCAGGUUGGGCCUGGAACACACAUCCGGGUAUAUGGUGGGAAAGGGCUCUAAGGCUAAAUGUUAAUAGCUGUUUCCCUACACUGUGUCACACAUUGGAGCCCAAGCAGCACUUGUAUCUCUAUAAACAACACAAACUUGUAAGCACUUAUUACGUGCCAGGCACUACUGUAAACACUUUGUCAGUCCAUGAAUUCAUUUAAUUAUUAUCCUUCAACAGCCCUUUGUGGUUGGUACCUCCAUCAUACCCAUUUAACAAUGAAACAGGCAAGGCAACUUGCUGCUGGUCCCACAGCUAGUAAGUGGUACAGCGGCCAGGUUUUUGGACCAGGUGCUCUAUGCUCUCAACCCAUACACAUCUGGCGGUUGAAGUGAUGGGCUCCACUCUUCCAAUUUCCAAUCCUCGCACAUUGGUGUAGCCACAGAACCCAGGCCUCUUGGGCAUAUGUGGAGCAAUGGUCCCCUCAGUACCUGGAAGGGCAACCAGAAGUAGUGAACGCCAGAGAACCCUGGGUAAUUCCCAGGAUUGAAACCAUUCUGUGGCUUGAGCCAGCCGGCCUACAUCCCCCGGAGGAGCUACCGAAUGGGGGCGCUGCGGGACCCGAGCCUCCGGCCAGCAGCUCUGUCCUUUGCCAUCUCCCAAAGUAGGGGCUGGACGGCUGCGGCUGCGAUAGGGAACCACAGAGAUGGGAAACUUCCCAGGUUCCUAGAGAGGAGGGGAGACGGUUACCGCACUUGCCGCUGAACCUGUUGGAAGCUUUCCCAGAGGCUGGCUGCAGUCCCAUGCUUUCUCUUCGCUUGCACUGUGUGGGUGUCACAUCUCAGGACCUGGAGGGCAGUGUGCGAAGCAGAGACGCCUGCCAUGCUCCAGAUCACCUGGCGCCCAGAGCCAGUGACCUUUGAGGAUGUGACUGUGUACUUCACCCAGAAUGAAUGGGUCAUCCUGGAUCCUGUGCAGAGGGCCUUGUACAGGGAGGUGAUGCUGGAGAAUUAUGCAAAUGUGACUUCCCUGGCUUUUUCGUUCACCAGACCUGUUCUGGUCUCUCAGCUGGAGUGAGGGGAACUGCCAUGGGGCCUCGAUCCCUGGGAACCCGUGGGCAGGGAGGCCCUCAGAGGAGUCUGUCCAGGCGGGGAGACCAGAAAUGACAAGGAAGAAUCAAUGCCAAAAGAACACAUUUCCAAAGAAGCAGAGUCCCACGGACUGACAUUAGGAGGUCUGCCAGGGAAUGUUCCCCAGCACCUUGGCUUCAGGAGCCACCUAGAACAGCACAGCCACGGGAUGGUGAAGAGGACAAAGUCAAAGAGGAGAGAUUUCACAGAUGGGUCAACCAGGCAUCAGGAGGCCUGUGCUGUGGAGAGCGGGGAGAAGUGUGAGAAACUGGGAAAAUACAUUAGUGUUAGCACACAACUCACUACAAAUCAGACAAUUUCUAGCGGUCAGCUAUCUUAUAAGUGUGGAAAAUGUGACAGAUGCUUCAUUCGGAUGGCAGACUUCCACAGACAUCAGAGAUGUCACACUGGUGAAAAGUCUUUUGAAUGCAAAGAAUGCGGAAAAUACUUCAGAUAUAAUUCCUUACUUAUCCGGCAUCAGGUAAUCCACACUGGGAAGAAACCAUUUAAAUGCAAAGAAUGUGGGAAAGGUCUCAGUUCAGACAUGGCCUUGAUUCAGCAUCAGAGAAUCCACACUAGAGAAAAGCCUUAUGAGUGUCGGGAGUGCGGCAAGGCCUUCAGCUGCAGCCCCGUCUUCCUCCAGCACCAGAGGUUCCACACUGGAGAGAAGCUCCAUGAGUGCGACGAAUGUUGGAAAACUUCCAGCUGUAGCUCAAGUUUCAUCCUCCAUCAGCGAAUGCAUACUGGGGAGAAACCCUGUGAAUGUAAGGAGUGUGGGAAAUGAUUAAGCUCCAACACAGCCCUGACUCAGCAUCAGCGGAUCCACACUGGGGAGAAACCUUUUAAAUGUAAGGAGUGCGGGAAGGCGUUCAAUCAGAAAAUCACCCUGGUUCAGCUUGAGCAUGGCCGCACUGGUGAGAAACCUUAUGAGUGUAAGGUGUGUGAGAAAACCUUUAGCUGGUGUGGAAGGUUCAUCCUGCAUCAGAAACUCCACGUGCAGAAGACAUCUGUCCAAGAGUAGCACUCUCCACAGCUAGGCUCACAGUGCCUCUUCUUGUUUCUCCCCAUCUUCAUGCCUUUGAUCAGUGUCAUCACUGCAUUUUCUGAACUGUGCUAAUUCUAUUUAUUUAUUUAUUUAUUUAUUUAUUUAUUUAUUUAUGGCUGCAUGGGGUCUUAAUUGCAGCAUGCAGGAUCUUUCGUUGUGUCGCACCAGCUUCUCUCUAGUUGUGGCGUGGGCUCCAGAGUGUGCGGGCUCAUUAGUUGUAGCUCACAGGCUUAGUUGCCCUGUGGCAUGUGGGAUCUUUGUUCCCUGACCAGGGAUCGAACCCGCUUCCCCUGCGUUGGAAGGUGGAUUCCUAACCACUGGACCACCAGGGAAGUCCCUAACUGUGCUAAUUCUUAAACAUAUGCUGCUUCUCUCUGCAUAACUGCAACGCGUGCUCCUCUGGCCUGUCCCACUAAGAUGUUUAAUUCAGACUCUCAGCUUGCAUCAUGAAACUUUCCUCAGGUUCUCUUAACCCUUGUUUCCCCAAGAUGAACUCUCUUUACAGUUAGAAAAGACAAGAAACAAACCCCCAAACUUAAAAACAUCAAAGGAAGGUUUUCAGAUUGAAAGGAUACACCAAGUGCCCAGCAAGAUGGAUUUGGGGGAAACCUACAUCAAAAACCAUCACUGUGAAUGAUCAAAGCACCAGGUUUAAAGAGAAGAUGUUAAAACGUUUCUAGAGAGGGAAAACAAAAGAUCAGGAGUAAGAAUAGCAUUGGAUUUCUCAACAGCAACCUUGACAGUUAGAUGACAAUGGUGUAUGCCUUUGACAUUCUAAGGGAAAUGAUUUCCACCAGAAUUUUAUACCCUCAAGUGUGGGCAUAGAAUAAAGACAUUUCAGACCUUGUACCUCUUAAAAUUUUAUCUCCCCUGCAUCCUUUCUCAGAUGUGCAACCCUAAACAAGGGUUAAGAAAAGGCAAGCUCUGUGGACCCUCUAUUAAAAUCUGUAUAUUGGAAAUCUCUUAAACACAAAAACAGAGGGGCCCUGUCUGUGUGGAGCCAUCUGCAUCUUGGAAGGACAGUCCUAAUAGGGUGCAGACUUCCAGAGACCUACCUUGGGUACAGUGCCCACCCUCACUACUUCUGACUCUGCAGUGACUCUUUGCUACUCAGUUGUAGUCUAUGCCUUUGCAAAAAUGGGGUGUUUGUACCCUUUGAAUGAGAUGCAAGGCCCUAUUUGUCUUAAAUUUGACCAUCUCAUUACUGUUCCAAGUGACCACCCAUCAGCAAACAUUCCCUUGCAAUUUCAUCUGGUUAUUUUUUAUGAUCUGGAAGAAGCCACCAUUAUUUUCUGUUACCUGCGGUUACAAGAGAAGUAAAUAUGUUCUGUUGUAGCAUCCACUCGUGCAGACAGCUUGACUUUGCCCACUGCAGGAAGUGGAGGGCAGUGGUUAAUCAUUCGGAGCCAGGCCAACUUUGGUAUGAACCCAGGCGUGUGACCUUGGUUAAGUUACGGAAACUGCGCUAAUUUCCUUAUCUGUAAAAUAGGGAUGACCGUCUACCUCACAGGAUCGUGCUGAGGAUUAACUGCAUUAAUACACAUAGAAGUAGUUAGAACAGUGACUGGAGCGUAAUAAACAAAAGUGUUAUUAUCAUAA